UUCUAUUGAAGAAAGCCUCACCUUCUUUCUCAAUUCAAUUCCAUCGUCGUUUCAAAAUCAUCCAUUUUAAUGGCUUCUUCGUGUCUAUUUCACAACUUCCCUUCAAUUUCAGCACACCCUUUAACACGCCAUAGAAAUCCAACUAUUUCCCUCCAUUCCCAGUUCCUCCCUUUGAAUUCCUUAAAACUCAAAAAACAAUCUCAAAUUGAAAAGCUAAGAGCUCGAGGUUCUCCUUCUUUCCCUCUUGUAUAUGCCGCUCAGAACAAUUUCUUGAGAGUCUUUCAGACAGUUUGGAAGAUUGGGAAGGAUGGAAUUGAGGCAGGAACAGACCUAGUACCUGGCUCUGUACCAAGACCAAUUGCAAGGAUAUCUGUUGGAAUAGUUGCAUUAGCAAUUGGACUCUUUUUGUUCAAGUCAAUUUUGUCUACAGCCUUAUUUGUGCUGGCUAUGAUGGGAGCAAUUUAUUUCAUAUUUAUAGCGUUGAAUAAAGAUGAAGGGCCAAGAGGAGGUGGAGGCUCUUCCUCCUCCUCCUCCUCAACCUCUACAGAAGAAACUCUUGAAGAAGCCAGAAGAAUAAUGGAGAAGUACAAGUAGCAACACCUGCUGAAAGCCAGUGUCAAAUACUCCGUAGGAAUUUGGUAUAAAUCAUUUCCCAUAAUUUGUCAAAUAUCAUAGUCACCCUAGUCUUGCCUCCCACCAGGAUAUGAAGUUAAUAUUCGUCAACAUAACUAAAAUUGCUUCACAAUCCAAACAAUCCUAAGUUUUGUCUGCUUUAUAAUUUUUUGGGGUCACACACCGUACAAGAGGUUGCUAUAUUUGCUGGUAUCUUGUCCAAUUGAAGUUGUAAAUACCAUGAAUUUGAGGACUACAAGUAUAACGAAUGCAAUGCUCUUUUUGUAAUUAA